AUGGCUAAGAAAACCUACGACUUACUGUUCAAACUUCUCUUAAUCGGAGAUUCUGGUGUAGGCAAAACAUGUAUAUUGUUCAGAUUUUCUGAUAACCAUUUCACAACUACAUUUAUAUCGACAAUCGGUAUAGAUUUUAAAAUCAAAACAGUGGAGCUAAGAGGAAAGAAAAUAAAGCUUCAAAUAUGGGACACUGCGGGACAGGAGCGCUUCCACACCAUCACCACAUCAUACUACCGUGGUGCUAUGGGCAUCAUGUUAGUGUAUGAUAUAACUAAUGAAAAAACAUUUGAUGAUAUUGUUAAAUGGUUAAGAAAUAUAGAUGAGCAUGCAAAUGAAGAUGUGGAAAAGAUGAUACUUGGAAAUAAAUGUGACAUGGAGGAAAAAAGAGUUGUUAGCAAAGAGCGCGGGGAGGCUAUAGCCCGCGAGCACGGCAUCCGCUUCAUGGAGACGUCGGCGAAAUCGAAUAUAAACAUCGACCGCGCGUUCUCGGAGCUGGCCGAGGCGAUCCUCGACAAGACGGCGGGGCGCGAGGCGGACGCGGACCACGCGCGCAUCGCGGUCGAGCGCCGGCCCUCGCGCGCGCCGCCCGCCCGCGCCUGCUGCUCCUAGGCGCGUGUUGUCGCGUGUCGUCGCGUGUUGCCGCGUGUUGCCGCGUGUCGCCGCGCGCCUCGAGGCCUGUAUGUUACUUUCGGAUGUCGAGUCAUUUCUUUUUAUAAUGCGGUUGUUAGGUGUAGAAUUGUGAAGCGGUGUUUGGGGUCGUACCCUUUUAAGUAAAAAAUUUUUUGGUUGGUUUGGUUUUUUUUUUAUCGAGUCAUUGUCCCGCGUGUUCGAGGCCUGUAUUUCGAUUUUUUAAUAGAUCUAUUACAAACUUAACUUACACAUGUGUGAUUUUAUUAAAUCAUUUUUUCAAUGGAAACGUUUUUUUAUUAAUUUUAAGCUUGAAUUGUUUCGUUUUUAAAAUAAGUACGGAUACAGGUCUCCAUCUAUAGACAAGCAAUAGGAUUGUAGCAAUUUUUUAAAUCGAUAAUAAUAUAAAUAUAUAAUGCAUAGUACGUACAUUGUAACCCAUAAACUAUAAUAUGUAAAAAUGCCUUUAAAAGCUAUCUCACUACGGCAGAGGUAUAUUAUGUGUAGUUUUAAUAUUGUUUAGAAUUUUAUAGUUCUCGGGGGCUUGUAGAUCGUCCUAGAAAUAAUUUUGAUUAUUAUUAAUAUAUUUCUGCCAUUUUAGAUAGAUACCUAGUAAUUUUGACUGUUUUAUCAAUAUAAUAAAUAUAUUAAAUACAAAGCUACAAUGUUCAUAGUUUGUAUGUUUGUAAAUUUUUUAACGAGCAACAUGCUGGUGUCGCCAUUUUUUCAAAUGAUCAUACUAUGAGACUCGAAAUUGCAUGUAUAUGUCAACUUUUAUAGGGGGCAUUAUAAUAUAUAUUGCUAAUAGUUGAUCUGUAUAACAUAAUAUAUCAAUAUAUUUAAAGCUCGGAUCCUAUAUUUAAUCUAUCGAAAUAUAAUUUGCAGGUAAAAUGCUAAAGAAACGUACUACGUAAUGCACUAUUUACAUAUUUUGUUUCCAUCAAAAAUUGUGUCAAAUUAGCUCAAGAGUAAACUUUUCCACGCAAAAAAUCAAUUAUAAAUACACAUAGAUUGAAUAUAGGUACCGGUCAAAAGUCGCGCGGUAAUCAUCUCUGGCCGGGCGACUCUGUGCAAUAUGACAGUUGACACAUUGUCUAGUGAACACGCGGCCUUAGCGUGUUGCUAUAACAUACGUCAAGCGAUCCGCGCUCGAAAACUAAGUGAUUGUUAUUGAGAUUACAGUGUUAUAUGUAAAUGGAUCUCAUCAUUUUCGAGUGCGCUUGUAACUACAGCAUAUCAUCAGAGAGGAGUGGAACGUGUUAGGGGUCGUGCAAAUGUGUGCAUGCAAUAUUUUCACGCACACAUUUGUUGAAGUUGGUUGGUUUUUUUCUGGGUUCGUACUGACUGUGUAUGUUUCAGUCACAACUCAUAACUAGUCGAAACCAUUUUUUUGUGCAACAAUCAGUCAAAUGUGGUUUUGAUCAAUGCCAUCAGUUACAAAACACUUUUGAUUGAUUUUAUGGCUUUGAGUUUGAUUGAACAUACUAAAGUUUUACAGUUAAGUUAGUUGUGUGUUUGUAUGAACUCAAGUGACGUGUGUGACGCGAUUAUAACGUGUUAUAAACGACAUCACGCGUCACACCAUCAGCUGGCGAUUUAUAGGAUUUCCUCAACCAUACAAGAUAGAAUAUAAAUGUGGCAAUUAAACACUUAUGAAAUGAACAUAUUUAUUUUGUUUAAAAUUUCAAAACCAAAUUUCAUGAGUACCUACGAAACCCAGAAAAUAAACUGGUACCCUCUGCGUAGUCUAAGUCUAAAUACCUAGCACAUUAUUGUUUGUAUAUCGAUGCAUGCACCUGCGCUUCGCUGUAACGGUUUAUUUAACACUACGUAACAAGUGUUUAACGGCUUCGAAAUCCUACGGCUCAAAUGUGCUUACAUGUCAAUGUUUGUUGAUAUUAUUGUUUUGUAAACCUUAACCAUUUAUCUAUAUAUAUAUCUAUCUUUAAUCCGAUUGUUCUGUCCACGCUAAGAAAUUUUGUAUUGAAAUAAAAUCAUAUAAUUUAUUGUAAGUGUUAUUAUGUAUAUUAUCCCUACUAAUAAUUACUAACGCUAUUGAGCCCUUUGUUUUUAUUUAAUUUUUUGCUAAGAAUGAAGUUCUGGAGAAGUGAAGUUUUGAAAAGAGUCGCAUGCAUUUAAUUUCAGUUAAACUCUGUAUUAUUAAAGAUUUUCAUACAACAAACCUCGUGAAAGCGCUAAUAUAUUUUAGAAAACUACCGUCAUAUCAAUUAAAAUUACGCAUUUUAUUGUUGUUAUAGUUUUUGAUUAUAACAUGAGUUUGUUUUGUCGCGUUACGGGAAAACAUCUCCUCAUUCUUUCUUAAAUGAAUUUUCAACAAAAUGCGAUCUUUAAUUU